AUGGACACCAAGCCGCCAACACGCAGGGUCACCGUCUUCAGCGCCCACGUCGACCCAGCCACAGCCUCGACCCACACGCUCCCCAUCCGCCUCGCCUUUUCUCCCUUCAACUCGGGCGACUGGCGCAUCACGUACGCUCCGCCGCCAACCAAAAACGGCCGCUUCGAGCCCGCCGCUGUCAAGCUACGCUGGGACCGCGUUGACGUCGAACCCGACCUGUGCAACGCCCGACUCGCCGUCGAGGCGGACGGCGAGGUGCACUCGGUCGAGAUGCCCCUCGCGAGCCAGCGCGCCUGCGAGUGGAUCGUCCUCGUCGGGAGGCCGACGACCAAGCUGCGCGUCGUGCUCGAGGUCGACAAGCCGCACGAGGAGCCGGCCGCCGUCGACCGCGUCAUGGCCAUGAUCGACCAGCCGCAGGUCAUCGACGUCUGCCUGACCUUCCCGGGCGACCGCCGCACCCUCUUUGCGUCGUCGGCGCUCCUCGCCACCGCGUCGCCCUGGUGGGCAGAGUGCCUCUCGGCGCGCGGGUUCAGGGAGGAGACCAUGUCGAUGGCGCACACGCCUGCCGAGCCAGGUUGGCCCGACUCGGACUGCUCCGACGACGACGACGACGACGAGGUGUCGUCGCGAGGUCGUCGCACGCCUGCGCUCGGCAGGAAGGUCGUCGCCGACCUCGCCCAGCUCUCGAUCCCGGCCAGCCCACCUCCCUCGCCGCCGACUCGCUCUCGACCCCUCAUUCCUCCCCACAUGCGCGUCGUGCCCAUCGUCGGUACGGCAUACCGCACCUACCGCGCCUACCUCGCCUGGCUCUACACCGGCACCGUCGCCUUUGCCCCUCUCUCCUCGUCCUUCCAGUACCCCUCGUCUCCUCCCUCGUCCUCGUCCUCUCUCCCCUCUCGCACCUCGCCCUCGUCCGCCUCGACGCAGCGCCGCGCCGCCCUCGCCCCCUUGCGCACCCUGCACCCCUCGCGCCCGCACCCGGUCUCGCCAAAGUCGCUGUACCGCCUCGCCCACUUCCUCGACACGCCCUCGCUCGCGGCACAGUGCCUCGCCGCGCUCGCCGACGCCCUCACGGUCGACAACGUCGCGCACGAGCUGCUCGCGCCGCCGGCCAUGGGCGAGGUGUACGACGACGUGUGGAACGUCGAGGUUGGCUUUGCCGAGGAGGCGUGGGACGACGUGAGGGGGAGCGAGGCCAUGAGGAACGCGGCCGAGCGGAUGAAGGGCGAGGGAGGAGCGGGACCGCACGAGCUCGCGACGCUGCUCAGGUUGAGCGGGAUCAAGACGUGACGCGCUCGGACCUCUCUUCCCCUUUCUCUCCGUUGCACGACCGCACAUGUACUUUCCACCUCGAGUCUACUGCCCCA